AGUGCAGCCACGACAGCAUUAAGUUGGACGUUGAUAGCGGACGCAGACCGUAUGUUCUCCAAAUAUGAGCCGUGUCUUUUUAACAAAGGCUGAGUUGUGGCACGCCGCCACCGCGGAAAUAGGAUGACGGCUUCUCGUGCCUCGCACUCGGUCACAUGGUGCUCGGGUGGUCAAUCGUGAAAGCCUCGUCGGUGUGUACGUACAGACGUGUUAACCAGCUGCUGUCAGUGUGUGUGUGUGUGUGUGUGUGUGUGCGAGCUGGAGAGAGGGAGAGAGAGAGAGAGGGAGACCACACAGUUUCACCUGCUGACACAGGGGGAUUCCCAUCAUGCCUCACAAGAGCAAGAAGGACAAGGACUCAUCAAAAACUGGGAGAUCGAAGAAAUCUGGGAGUAAAAAUGGGCCUGCAGAUGGCCAAGAUGGCUCCAAUAAGAAAGUGCCUCCUGCAACUCAGCUGAUGAGGGUGAAGCAGCCGGGGUCACACUCUGCCGUGAAGAAAGAGAAGAGAUUCAGCACUUCCUCUUUCCCCCUCAGUGCUAACAGAGAGCUACAGAAACUACCCGCGCUGGCAGAGGCCCAGGACUAG